ACACAGCAAUCUUCCAACUCGGGGGUUUCGCCCCUCGCGCUUCAUCCUGCCCCCCAUGCUGACCAUAGCUAGCACCACACUUCAACCACACCCAUGGCUGCUGCGGCGCAAAGGCAUAGCAGCCGAGCACUUGGGGCUGUGUGCGUUGUCGCGAUGCAGCAGAUCCCUGGCUGACACACGCGCACGGCGUCGUCGCGUCAACCAUUCCAGCCGAUGCAACCAGACACCGCCCCCCAGCCUAGCGCGAUUGCGGACCCACACUGUGCCGUCAGCAAGUAACGGGGGUUUAUUUUCCGCCUGGGGUUGCGCGGAAGAGCGCGCGGCGUCUUGGCGGAGCACAGAGAGCGCUCGAGAUGGCGCGCUGCUGCUCGACCCCUAUGCCGGCCUGCUGACCGCGGCGGAGGGAUCAGGGCGGGAGGAAGAAGCAAGCGGCGCAGGGGAGGCGGGGGAUGAUGCGGCGGAGGCGGCGUCGUAUCUGGUGGCGACGAGGUUCAUAGACGACGCCAUUCUCGAGGCCGUGGCGCAGCUGGUGGACGGGACAGAGGAGAUCCGCCAGGUUGUUCUUCUAACGGAUGGGUACGACACUCGGCCGUACCGCAUGGCAUGGCCGCGCCCGAUGGUGGUGUUUGACGUGUCGCCCGCUGCGCCCUACACCGCCUGCCACCAGUGCCUUCUUGAGGCUGGAGCGCGGCCAGCCGGUGGGUCGAUGGUGCGCCACGUGUCAGCGGACCUGGCGUCGGGGGAGGACUGGCGGGACGAGGGCUGGGGCGAGAAGCUGCAGAGGCACGGAUACCGAGGAGACCGGCCGAGCCUGUGGGUGUUGCAGGGUCUGCCCCACCUGUCGCCUUCAGGCCUGAAGGCCAUUCUGGGCCACCUGCAGGGGCUGCUGAUGGCAGGCUGCCGAGUCAUUGGGGAGCUGCCCUUGCAAGCCUUGGCACCGCACUCGCCUGCUGUCGCAGCCGACCCUUCGGGUGCCCUGGCCGCUCUCUCCUCCCUCUUUGCUUCUCACGGGCUUCUGGCUGAAGUGCAUCCCAUCCCCUUAGUGGCUGCCCGAUAUGCCGAGAAUUUCCCAACAGCCCGCCGGCUCACAGAUAAUCUGGGUGGGUCAGAACGGGCGGAGACUAGGAGUGCGGUGCUGGUUUCAGCAGCACAGCAGCGAAUGUCUGAUGCGCAGGUCGAGCUUUUGGCUGAAGAGAUGCGUAUUGCGGAGACUUGGGGUGAUGAAGAAGGAUUUGAGGACUUGCCUUGAUUGUUUCCCAGUUUUAGACAAUGUGUUCAUUGUGUUGAUGCUUCAGCUUAGCAGAAGUUUCCUGUAACGCAUCUAUUUUUUUGCACAGUGCUGGAAGGAUCAGAUUGGUCAGGGAGGACGAGUGGCUCGCACGCACUGAUUUGGCGAUGUCGCUUCCCAACGGAAUCAGGGCAAAUGUGCGGCCCAGGCAGCUGCAAAGUCGCCGCGCCUGCAUUCAACCUUGAAGUUGUCAGCGACAGGGGAAGCACGGUUGCCAGGAAUCGCUGCUCGGCAGGCUGACCAAGCAUUUUGCAACCGAUGGGUCCACGAACAUAGUUGUGGCACAUUUAAUCAAGCGUCCAUUUCCUGCAUCAAGAAUACCAGAGCCUUCCGAGCAAGUCUCUGAUCGUCGACGGCUGCGCCGCAAGGUCUCCCUACACCACCUCCCGUGGAAUCAGCUUCAGGACCACACAGAAGCAUGGCGAACAAAUACCAUGUCGCUGCGCAUCCUUGGCAUGACUUGGAGAUCGGCUCGGAAGCUCCUACUAUCUUCAACGUCGUCGUAGAAAUCUCUAAAGGCAGCAAAGUGAAGUACGAACUUGACAAGAAGUCCGGCCUUAUCAAGGUCGACCGCAUUCUUUAUUCCUCGGUGGUGUAUCCGCACAACUAUGGGUUCAUCCCAAGGACUCUCUGCGACGACAACGAUCCAAUGGACGUCCUCGUCUUGAUGCAGGAGCCAGUGAUUCCCGGAUGCUUUCUUCGCGCGAGGGCCAUCGGCCUUAUGCCUAUGAUUGAUCAGGGGGAGAUGGACGACAAGAUCAUUGCGGUGUGCGCUGACGACCCAGAGUACAAGCACUUCAAGUCUAUUGACGAGCUUCCGAGGCACAGACUCCAAGAGAUCAAGCGCUUCUUUGAGGACUACAAGAAGAACGAGAAUAAGGAAGUCGCCGUCAACACUUUCCUCGGUGCCACAGAAGCCAUUGAAGCUGUUAAGAAAUCCAUGGAUCUGUACGGCCAAUACAUCUUGGACGGCCUGCACAAGUAGUUGGAUAAUGCUGAAUAUAUUUUGUCACCAGGAAAUUAUAAUUAAUUUUUGACCCACUGCAUUCCGAUUGUGUGUAACAGCGUCAGUGGUUACUUGCUAACCCCCACUAGCCUGGCCAGAAUAACUGCAUCUUCACAAACAAACAAGAUAAUGCUGAAUAUAUUUUGUCACCAGGAAAUUAUAAUUAAUUUUUGACCCACUGCAUUCCGAUUGUGUGUAACAGCGUCAGUGGUUACUUGCUAACCCCCACUAGCCUGGCCAGAAUAACUGCAUCUUCACAAA